CGAGACAGAAAAAAGGCAAUCAACAGAGUAAUACAAAGAAACAGAAACUGGAGGGUGACGUGAAAGGAGAGCGAACUGUGAAAGGGUUCCAUGAGCCUCUGGAAAAUAUUUCAGGCAUGGUGUCUGCUGAAAUUCAGGAUCCACAAAAAGCUGAUGAAAUGGUACCACCAAACGAAGAUGAACAGUCUGAUUUUAAAGAAGAGGGAGCAUCCAAUGAUGAAAACGCAUCUGGUGACUGCAAGAAGAGUGAUAUGGAAGGUCAGGUGCUAAAGUUCCGGGUGACAUGUAACAGAGCUGGUGGUAAUCACAGCUUUACAUCAAAUGAGGCAGCAAGGGAUUUUGGAGGAGCUGUGCAAGAUUUUUUCCAGUGGAAAGCAGACAUGACCAAUUUUGAUGUGGAGGUUCUUCUGAACAUUCACAAUAAUGAAGUCGUAGUGGGGAUUGCCUUAACAGAGGAGAGUCUUCACAGAAGAAAUAUUACACAUUUUGGUCCCACAACCCUUCGAUCUACUCUAGCAUAUGGUAUGCUCAGGCUUUGUGAUCCUCAGCCAGCUGAUAUAAUAAUUGAUCCAAUGUGUGGAACAGGUGCCAUACCAAUAGAG